UCCAACACUGUCAAGUUUAAUGCAGAAGUGUGUACAGUAUUCUAGGUAUAACUGCGCAUUAUUUCUAUUAUAAUUAUUAUAGAAGUUCAUAAUUGCUAAUAGAAAAUCGGAAUACCUAACUAAGAUCAUAGAAAAUGGGAGUUUUCAAUUUGGCAGUAUUAGCAUUAUUUGCCGUUGGAUCUUUUGCUGGAAAUAAUAAUCAGAAUCCAACAAAAGAGAAUGAUUUAUACGAAGGGAAAAAGUGGGUAGUUUUGGUUGCUGGUUCAAAGGGAUGGAGCAAUUACAGACAUCAGGCGGACAUAUGCCAUGCAUAUCAAUUAAUUAAGAGUAACGGAAUACCUGAAGAAAACAUCAUAACAAUGAUGGUAGACGACAUUGCAUAUAAUAUACGGAAUCCUACGCCUGGAGAAAUUAUUAACAAGCCAAAGGGACCUAACGUUUACCAAGGAGUUGUUAUCGACUACAAAGGAGCAGACGUAAACAAAUCUAAUUUCUUAAAAAUUAUCACUGGUGAUCAAGAAGCCAUGCAAUCCAUUGGAACUGGAAAAGUUGUAAAAAGUGGAAAAAACGAUAAGAUUUUCAUUAACUUUGUCGAUCACGGUACCACUGGAAUCUUAGGUUUUCCGGAUGAUUAUUUGUACGCCGAUGAACUAAAUGAUGCAUUUAUUUCUAUGCGUGGAAAUGGAACUUAUAAAAAGAUGUUGUUGUACAUUGAAGCAUGUGAAGCUGGAUCUAUGUUUGAUGGUAUACUUAGCGAAGACACUAACAUUUUAGCAAUAACUGCAUCAGGACCUAGAGAAAGUGCAUACGCUUGCUACUGCGGAUUUGAUUUAUUUCCGUUCUAUACAUGUCUUGGAGAUGAGUUCAGUACCACGUGGAUGGAAGACUUAGAUGUGCCAAAUUCCAGUAAGUCAUCAAAGACACGGUCCAUUUUCAACGACUUUAGGGAGGUCAGAACUAACGUAACCAGAAGUAAUGUCAUGAUGUACGGAGAUUUCGAUAUUGGGAGCGAAAGAUUCUCCUCGUUUAUCGGUUAUCGUGAAAAUAGUGAUGACGUUUCGCGGAAGGUGCAGAAAUCAAGUAAAAAAAACACUGUAUCUAGCCGAGACGUGCACGAAAAAGAGAUACAAUAUCAAUUGGCUCACGGUAAGUUGUCGGUUCCAGAAUCCCUCAAAUUAUCAGCGGAGUUAAGUCAAAUUAACAAGAUGAGAUCCGUCAUAGACUCUGUGCUCAAAAACAUUUACUCAGAGGUGGUGAAGGCGAGGCCGGACAUCAAGAGUGAAAUCGGUGACUUCAGCGAACCCAACUAUCUAAAACUGAAUUUGUCCAUGUUCCCAUGUUACAGAAGCAUUUUGAAUCAAAUCACCGAGAGCUGCUUUUCUUUGCCCAAGAAUCCUUACGUAUUGGAUAAGUUAACGAUUUUCGCCAACAUGUGUGUCGUCGACAAUCAAAUUGACCAGUUGGUUCGCAAUAUUGUCUUUAAAUCAUGUUCAAACAUUUCAGACAACAUAAUAAACGUACAUUAAAAUGUAAUAUUAAUAAAUACAAUGAUAAGAGUAGUAGUAGUAUUAGUAGUAGUAGUUUCAAUGUUUAAUGAUAUUUAAUAAGAUAUUAAAAUGUUCUUUUAUUUUUGAAUCAAGACUGUAAGUAUUUCCAAAACAAUAUUAAAUUAAUAGUAACACAUUACAUAUAGUAGUUUAAAGUAGUUUUAUACCUACUUACUGUUAUUAUAUAUUUUAUUGUACGAAAUAUACUCUUAUUAUGUUUUAAA